GGGCUCCGCUGAGGUGCGAGGGCUGGCAGUUGGCGAAGCGAGGAACCUGUACGUGGUGUGGCCAGUUUUCUGUACACGAGAUUUGCAACAGACUAUAGUUCAGCUCGCAUUGCAGUAAGCUGUCUGAUGCAGGAUAUCCUCCAGCGCAAAGACCAUGCUUCAAAGCCGCUUCGCAAGGCCGGCAAUCUUGCUUGCAGUCAUCGCAUUCCUGCUAUCAGCAGCAACAAUCCAUGCACAUGCAGCUGCGGGCCUGCGAGUGCACAGCCUCUCGCCGCGGUCGGGAGCUGGGCCCAUGCCCACGCUCGCCAAGCAGCUUGAAGCGCUGGGCUCACAGCUCGGCCGCCAUCAGCGGAAGCUGGCAAAUAUCCAGAAAGAUAUCCGUCGGCUAAGAGCCCAGGUUGCGGAGCUGAGCAGCAACCGCUCAAGCUCACCAGGAGGCGACCAUGGCGGUGACCUCGCGGCCGCAGCCGUUACCAUCAUUUCAAACCUGGCAGCCAUCACCGCCGCAUCGCCGUCAGGGCAGGGAUGGGCUUCAAAGCCCCCGCUGCUGCUACCCCUCACCGCGGGCGGUGGCAGCUGGACGCCCCUGGGCAACCUGAGCGAGGGGAGCGUGUCGGGCGCGCCGUUCCGGGGCCGCAGCGACCACGGGGUAAGUUGGCACACACAGAUGGUGGCGCACGGCAAGUACGUGUACGUGAUCGGCGGGUACGGCACAGUGGCGGGCGGCUCCGGAUCCUCACCCGGGCUCGGAUCUGGAUCUGGAUCCGAGGUGGUGCUGGACGAGAUGGUCCGGUACGACACCGAGACAGGGCUGUGGGAGCUGAUGGCGCGGAUGCCCGAGCGCAGGUGCCGCUUCGCCACGGCGCUGCUCGGCGAUGCCAUCUACGUCAUCGCGGGCACGGCUCUGGCCGGGUUCCAAGGCGGCCCCAGCGACUCGGUGCUUGUCUACAACAUCACCGCAAACACUUGGACUGUGGGGCCGCGGCUGGUGGCACCGCGCAUCGACGCCUGCGCGGCAGCGCUGGACGGCAAGGUCUACGUCUUCGGCGGCUAUGACCCCGCGUAUGUGUCCCUGAGCAGCGUGGAAGUGCUGGAGGUGGCAGGGACUGGCGGCGGCAGCGGCAGCGGCGCCGGCGCCGCCCGGGGUAACGGCUCUGCAUCUGUCUGGAGGCUGCUGCCGCAGGACAGCUGGAUGACUGAGCCACGGGCCGACUGCCGAGCCGUGGUCGUGACGCCUCCCCCGCUGCCGCGGAAGCCGACCACCGCUGCUACAGCAGCCUCUCCCUCCUACAGCCCCGCUCCAGCCACCGCCACCGCUGCACCCGUGAUUGUGGUGGCGGGGGGUGUGCAGUACUUCACUCCCGCCAACAAGUCGUGCGACGGCCUGCUGUGGGUCAACUGCUACCGCAUGCUGCGCAGCGUGCACGUGUUUGACCCCAGGCAAGCUUUGCUCGCGGCAAGCACCGGUACCGGCACGGGCACCGGUACCGGCACGGGCACCGGUACCGGCACGGGCACUGGCACCAGCAGUGGUGGGGCUGCAGGUGGCGGCCGCGGCUGGCGGGCACUGGCGCCCAUGCUGUGGCCGCGUGCCGACUUCGGCCUGGCGGUGCUGCCAGGCGGUCGGCUGCUGGCGGCGGGCGGCGAGUGGGGCAACGGGGCCUCCUUCCAGCUUGCACGGCAGCAGGUGGAGGAGUUCAGCUGGGGCGGGCCGGGCGGCGCCGGCGGCCCUGAUGCCGCCAGGGGCGUGUGGGUGGCAAAGGCGCCACUGCCCGAGGCCCGCUUCCGGACUGAGCUGGUGUACGUGGGUGGCGGCGCCGCCAUCACGUUGGGCGGCGUGCCCACAUGCGGCCGCACCCCAAACGGCCGCAUGGCGGACGCCGAUGCCUGUUACCGCAAAUACUCAGCCACUGGCUUCACAUACCACGACGACCAAUACGCGGCCGCCGCCGCUACCGCGGCCCUGGCUCAGAGUUCUUUGGAUGUGGCUGGCGGUGGCGGCUCCAUGGAUUCGGGGGAUGCCGAUGAUGCAGCGGGGGCUAGGGAAGCUGUGGAGGCGGUGACGGCACUGCUCCCGCAGCUGUUCGCUGCAUUGUACAACGAUACCCAUGGUGACCUGUAGCUUGGGCACUUCAAAUCAAUGAAACCGAGAGUUGUGAGCACGCCUGCGUGUGGAGCGGCGAUGCGCAUAUCUACAAUGGCAGGGUCCCAGAUGAUGGGUGCAGAAACGCUAGGCAAGUUUCGAAUGAUAUAAUACAUGACGCUUGUAUGCUCAAUGUGUGAUCAAAUGCGUGCCUGAAGUGCGGCGUUUUGGGAAAUGAUGUUUGAUUGCACUCGUGUGCAUGCUAGCAUAACGUAUGACCGUGCAGAUCUUGGCAGGAGGCGCGUUUUGAGCGCAGGGCGACUGGGGUGUGUCCAAAAGCGUGUACCGGUAUGUUGGCACGGCGUUUUUGUAUGGCGUGCCCUGGUGCAAUGCAUGCAAGGGGAUAAACGCUGUGUGCCUGCGGCUUGCAGCUGUCCGUCGCCACUCAACAAUCUCACGCGCGUAGUCUGACUGACUGACACGGAGGCGUACGGCAAGAGGUGCGGUGCCGACGGUGCGGCCCUGCAAGCUAUUUCUUGACCCUUGCUAGCAAGCGAGGGCGCGUUGCUCCGAUUCCCACACGCCAGGUUGUGUGGCACUGGCUCUGAGAGAGCGGGUCGGGUACCGAGGCUGGGCAGGGGCGACGGGACAGGGCACGGGAAGCAAGUAGCCGAUGUAGCUGAGUGCCUGGAUCCUGAUAAACA